AUGCAUCGGCUGGCACUUGAUGGGCGCGAGAUUGUUCUAGGACCACAUCACCCACACACCUUAACAAGCAUCCACAACCUGUCUCUUGUGCUUCGUUUCCAAGCGAAGUAUGAUGAAUCGGAGACCAUGCAUAGGCGGGCAGUUAAUGGGCGUACGAAGGUACUCGGAACAGACCAUCCAGCAACCCUAACAAGCUUCCACAACCUAGCUAUUGUACUGCGAUACCAA